CUUAAAAUAGCCGACCUUCGCAUUCGAUGGUUUUGAUCUUGGACGUGGUGAUGAUGACCCCUAACGGGAGCAGCCGAAAGGAGAAUAAUUGCUUUGAUAUCUAAGGUAGCUGCCUUAGUGUCCUGUGUCCCUCUGUUUCCUGCCAUCCCACCCAAUCGUCGCUUAUUCACGUAAGAAACACAAUUUAAAGAACCUAUGCAAAUCACCCCUCCCCCAGGUUGCAAUCAACUGAGAGGAGGAGGUGGCAGUGGUGGCCUGGCUAGUCACUUCUCUAAAUACUAUUCUUGUUACCAUAUUGCUUUGAUACACAUAGCCAGACUACCGCAGUGCUUGGUAUGUCUGCUCUUUCCUUUCCUUUGCUGGUGUCUUCUCAGUAAUAGCAGGAAAGCAAGAAAUUCGUGAAAAAAAGAUAAUAAUAAAUAAAUAAGAGAAUAAAUAAAAAAUAUAUAAAAAAUGAAUUAAUAAAUAAAAAUGAAUAAAUAAAUAAAAUAAAAAAUUGAAGACAAGAUUCUCUCCUUCGGCCGUGUUGUUACUUGGUGGUUCACUGUUAGGUGUUUGUUUCACUUAUUUCCCGCCUUCAGCAACUCAGCAAGAGCACGCCACGCCCACCAUUACUUCAUAAUCAUAAAAUUUAAGGUAACCGUCCCUUGGUGAAGUCUGGGCUGGUAUUUAUACAAGUGCUAAGCAUGGUCUUAGCUCAAAGAAAUGUUAAGGCAGUACUUACAAGCAUGUAUUAUAAAAUGUCUCAAAACCCGUCAGAUGUCCCGAGCGCGACUUAGUUCUGUUAGCAAACAAUAUUUAAGCCACCACUCGAGGUAACUCAAGCUGGCUAAGACAACAAGAACAACAACAAAUAUGGCUGACAGGGUUAGGUCCAAGCACAGGCGAUUAUACUUCAGUCCAAGUACACGUUAUUGUACUAUGUUCAAGUACUUUAUGUGAUAAAAAAAAAAAAUCCUGUCACAGAUUCGUAAAGCAUGAAAGUUAGUAGUUUUUGUAUAUAUACAUUAAUGAGUACACUGUUAAAAAGUGGGAUUUGAUAUAGAAAAGUAAAUGGAAAUUCUACCUUUGUUUUACUUUAACAUGACAGCAAUAAACGCGUUCACGCUUGUUGAAUAAUGUGCUAUACUGGGCCUGUCUACUGUAGUAUGUUACCCAUUGAGAAAACACUACUUAAUUAUGCACCUUUAUCCCAUAUUACACUGCAGUAUCUUAACACUCAAUGUACGUAUUUACCCAAUGAUAUCAUUACGAAGUUCGCUAGAAUCUGUAUACAGUAUAUAACUUUUGAUUAAAUUCAAUUUACUUGUUUGUAUUUGAAUGUACUUAGUAUUUUCCAAGUACUUUAAACACUUUAAACACUUUAAACACUUUGGUCUAAGUACAAGUACGAGUAACGUCGAAUUUUUAAACUCCAAGUACAAAUACAUGAAAAUCCGUUCCAAAGUCCAUGUACAUAUUUGGACCCGACCCUGAUAGCUGAAUGUCAACAUACGAAGACGGUGUCUAAGGACCUUUCGUGAACGCAAGAUUUUUCCGAUGUAUGAUGACGCCAAGAGAUAGAGACUGAACCGUGAAGGAAAAGGUUUUGUGACAGAUUUAAUGAGAGAAAACUACAAAGUCCUACUGGGUGCAUCCAUGCUGUCACACCAGAAAUUAAUGUCAUUUUUCAGGUAUUUAGCAACUGAAAAAAUGCUGUUAUGCAAUGGUGAUGACUUUUGACUGUCACAGCCUACAAUUAGCAGAGUUUAUAAGCUAAACUGAAUGCUUUAGCUGCUCCAAAACAUCGUUGCCCAAUUCAUGUAAUUUCCAGCAGACUCAGCAGAGAUUCAAAGGAUGCAACGAGAAUUCAUGGCUAUUGCAAAUUUUCUAAUAGUUGAGGUAUGAGAUGUAACUCGUGCAAAUUGUUGCCCCUCGUGAUUAUGAGCAUAAGUUUGUGAAAAGAAAGAACUAUCAGUGUCAAUGUUCAAACUGCAUUUGAUGCAAAUUACAUGAUCCUUACAUUAUUGCUAACUUUCCUGGUUCUGUUCAUGAUACAAAAAUUUUGAAUAUAGUGAAUCGGUCUUGCCAGAGUAAGGGACCAUGUGGAAUGUACUGGGAUUAGUUUUGAUUUUGCAGCAGGAGAUGCGUUAAGCUUUGUUCAUAAACUCUUUAGUACUGAAGAAUAUUUACUUGUCUGAAAGUUCGUUGUCAUUAAUCCUAACCGAGUAGAAAAUAUUGAUGUUUAUGGACAUACCACUAUUUACUGUUGUAUAAUUUAUUUACAGUAUAUCCAUAUAGAAAUCAGAUAAUUUUCUGUUUUGCCUUCACGCCUUUUCAUGUAUUAUUUUUUAUUUGUCUUAACACAGUCAUGGCUUAGCAAGACUUCAGCUAUUGUAUAAAUAGGUCUUAGCCAGAAUGGCUCAGCUAAGUACACUGUAAGUCAAAAUUUAAGAAAUGCUAAACUUUUUUUUAUAUAAAUAAAUAGCCAAUGAGCCACCACUUUAUCUUAACUUCUUAAUUAAGCUUCCUCGGACACCAUUGUGUUGCUGCUAUGAUGCUAUCUCUGCCUGGCACGGAGAGGGAGGUGUUCAGGCAGUCUCCGCUGCUGUUAAGUAUCCUGCUGCACUACAGCUAUCACUACAUAAUUUAAGGAAGGCUAGUGUUACAAAAGAGAUGGUGGGUGGUGUACAGGGACGCGGGGUGGCCUUGGAGCUGUGGACUCGUGGAGUGUUGAAAACACUUUAGGGUGACCACCGUGGUCAAAUUACAGGGCCGCGGUGACGAAAUUAUCAUUUCUUGUUAAGUCUGGAAUGCCUGGACUGUUAUUUAUACAAGUGUUAAACAUGGUCUUAUCUCGAAGAAAUGCUAAGGCACGAGUUAUAAAAUGUCUCAAACCCGUCUGAUAUGCUGAGCGCAACUUAGCCCUGGUAAGCAGGGCCGAGUCGCUACCACACGAGGUAGUUCAAGCUGGCCCAGGCAGUGCUCAGGCAAUAACAUACUGUGGCUGAAUGUCAAAUAUGAAGACCUCGUCCAAUGACCUUUGGUGAACGCAGGAACAUUCUCCAGAUGUAUGAUGACGCUGAUCUCGUCAAGAAAUAGACUGAACCGUGAAUUAAUAUUUUUGUGACGAACCUGGGGAGAGGGAAAGUACAAAGCCGUAGUGAUUGCAACCAUGCUAUCACUUCAGAAAUGAAAGUAAUGGUCAUUCUCGGAUAUUUGGCAACUGGACAAAUGCAGUUAUGCAGUAUUGACGACUUUGAACCGUCACAGCCUUCAAUUAGCAGGGUUAUAAUCCAAACUCUGGAUGCUCUAGCUGCUCCACACAUUGUUGCCCAGUUCGUGGUAUUUUCAACAGAUAUUCCAGCAGAUAUUCUAAGGAAGAAUAGGGAAUUCAUAGCUGUUGCAAAUUUCCCAGGAGUAGUUGGGAUAAUAAAGGAGACUCGUUGCCUCACGUGAGUAUGAGCACGAGUUUGUGAACAGAAAGCACUAUCAGUGUCAAUGUUCAAGUUGUAUUUGAUGCAAGUUGCAUGAUCAUUAACAUGGUACUAACUUUGCUGGGUCUGUUCAUGAUACAAGGAUUGUGAAUAUUAGUGGCCUCAAAUGUAUGUUUGAAACAAAUAUGGUACAAGGAUGUCAUUUGCUGGGUGACUGGUUACCCUUGCAAACGAUGGCUGCUGACCCCAUACCUCCAGCCACAAAAUGAAACAGGCUGCAUAUAACAGAGCUCACAGACAUAGGUAAGAUUUAAAAAGAUUUUGUGUCUUGCAUGGUGAGGUGCAAAUAGAUGCAUGAAGCAUGGUGAGGUGCAAAUGGAUCCAUUAAAAUUCUGCAAGAUCAUCAUGGCAUGUGCAUUACUACACAACAUAUGCAAGAUGAGGAACAUAGAAAUCCCUCCACAUCCUGAGGAUAACAAUAUCGAUCUUGGAAUUGAUGCCAAUCCAAAUCUUCUAGACAGCCAUGCACAAGCUGGUCUUCAAUACAGAGAUUGUUUUGCAGGCAUCCACUUCCACAGUUCCCGGCAGCGUGUGAGCCAGAAAACAGCAGUGACAAUGGGAGACAGUGAGGAAGUGGACCUGACGCACAUAUCUGUUGAUCACUUCAUGAGGGAGGAGACUUGGCAAAAUGCAUUCCACACCGUUCAGGACCCUUACCCAGCUCCUUGGAGUGAUAACAGGGCUUGUCUGCAUCGGAUCAUCAGAUUUGCUAGAGGGGAAAGAAGAGAGAAAAACACAAAAGGAAACCAUCUCUGUCCCUUUGCAAUUGACACAGUCCUUGCAGGAGUAACGGUGACUCCUUCAAGUGCCUCUCCACAAUCUCUUCUUUCAAGUAGUGGACGCAUGGAGAAAGAAGACAACAAAACUGCAGACGAGAUACUGGACUGGUCUGAGCUGACUUUCGUAUUAGGGGAGAAGCUUCUGCUGGUGGGCACGGAGGAGCAUCACUUCCUGUCCGUACCAGACGUGACUCAACUGCGGGUCAACACUGUGCUCACCGCGGUGGUGGGCUUGCUUAACAGCGGGCGGCGUGGGGCGGCCUACCUUGGCGUUGGGCAAGAGAACUGUGUGGAGGGCAUUAUCUGUCCUGACCACUUAAUUUCUACGUUCAUCCAAGGACUUGUCAACACCCUGCGGGACACCAUCCUACCCUACCCUUCUUGUGGAGUAAGGGCUCAUCGCGCGGUUUCAUCAAAACGAGUCGUGGACGCCUGGGUGGUGGAAAUAAAGACUGUUCCUCGAGCGAAUACAUAUUACAGCACUGCAACACAUCCAGACUACCACCACUGUCACCAGGGUGUGGUGCACAGCCUGCCCUUCCCGGGGUUCUGUCACGAGGUGGUGGCCCGGGCCGCACUUCCAUACCAGCGGGAAUUAGAAACAUUACGAGAAAAGAUAAAGAGAAUUAAAGAACUGUUAGAGGGGCAACAUGAUGACAUCGUGGAGGAACCACACGUGUGUCCUCUAUACUGGUCUGUGGACUGCCCUUCAAGGGAACAAAGUGAACUAUUUCAGAUGAGUGGGCGACGCAGAGGACAGCGACUGCAGGGGAGAACGCCCAGCUACUGACAUCAAGAUGGCUUUAGUGCUAAAUCCAAUUGCCUAAUAAGAAACUAAGAAGAUUAUUAUUUGUCAAUUCAUGUAUUUCAUAACUGUAAAAAAAAUUGUACCAGCAAAAUAUACCUGAAAAGGAGAAUCAA